CCUCAUGUCCAACGGAUCCCGCCUGUCACCGGCUGAGGUAACCAAUCUUCGUAUUGUACCUAAUUUGGAGGGGGAACAGAAAUCUCUGACUCGCCAUUGUCAUGACACGCACUAUCUGAUUAUACAAAUAUCAUAUCCUCGCAAGUUUAUGUUCCAGGGAUCCUUUCAAUCCUCUUCCCAUUGUCCUGACCUCUCAGUUUGACCAUCCUUCUUUUCCCUCUUGUCCUCUCAUUCGAGACGUCACCACUUGUUGAACUCACCAUGACACCUCCUAAGCCUCCCCGUGUUGAAGUCAACAACCUCUCAUACACUUUUCCCGACUACUCGACUGGUGUCAACAACAUCACUUUGGAUCUUCCUCCGCGGUCUCGUACCCUUCUGAUCGGUGCUAAUGGAGCUGGUAAGACAACUCUGCUUCGUCUUCUUGCCGGCAAACGUCUUGCGCCCAGUGACACCAUCUCUAUUUGCGGUGUAGAUCCUUUCAAAGAGGGUCUUGAGGGGGUCACUUAUCUUGGUCUGGAAUGGGUUCUUAACCCCAUUGUUCGAACCGACAUCGGCGUCAAUGAGUUGCUUCGCUCUGUUGGUGGCGAUGCAUACCCUGAUCGACGAGACGAGCUCGUCGCAAUGCUUGAUGUCGACACCAAUUGGCGUAUGCAUGCUGUUUCAGAUGGUGAGCGUCGUCGAGUCCAGCUUGCCAUGGGUCUACUGAGACCUUGGACGGUUCUACUCCUCGAUGAAAUUACUGUCGAUCUCGACGUUCUGAGCCGUGCUGAGUUUCUGGCCUGGCUCAAGCGUGAGACGGAGAUUCGAGAAUGUACCAUCGUCUACGCUACUCAUAUCUUGGAUAACCUCGCUGGUUGGCCUACUCAUCUUGCCCAUAUGCACCUUGGUACUGUCAAGGAGUGGGACGAGGCUGACAAGAUGCUCGCCACCAUCGAUGGUACUGUGGGUGCCUCUGGCAAUAGCCGUCUCGGAGAGCUCGUUCUGAGCUGGCUUCGAGAGGACUUGAAGGAGCGAGGGCCACGGAGCAACAUGAAACGUGGCCCUGAAGGCAAGACCUAUGGCUUUGGAGGCAUCCAGAUCGGUGGCUAUGGCGACGAGUCUAAGCAGCGCGAAGCAUAAGCUAUUUCUUGCGGAGAUCUUAUGUCAGGGCAUUCUUAACAAUCGCCCCGAGUUUCAUUGUUUUCUGGUUGGAGUUCGGAAAGACGGAUAGCACUCAACUGCAUUUCUCGGCGUAGGGUCGCAAUAGGGGGAGAAUUUGGUGGCAUUGGUCUCGCAUGCAUGGCGUUCGGCUCAAAGGGAAACAGUUCUCAACCCUGUAUUCUGCGGCGUUUGUUCUUUUCAACACUUGAUGCAUGACGACGGAACGGUAUGGCACUGGGAGUGCUUAGUACAGUAAAUUUCAACCAAGAGCGCGGACUUUUUUUGACCCAACUAGACCAGUCUGAUCAUAUUUUAACAUAUGGUACAAAGAACAAGAUAUUCAUUUACUCAUCAUCAUUCAUUGAAAUGACUGCGACG